AUGAUGGGACGCAGUAUAGCAGACAGACUCCAGCUGCAGAGGCGGGCGCUGCGGUCGCCCCACAGCCUUCUGCAAGAGGAGCAUUCCUUCGACCCAUGGCGCGUCCUCGUCAUUUGCAUCCUCCUCAACCUCACCAAAGGCACCCAGGUUCGAGACGCACUGCCGAGUCUAUUUAAUUUGUGUCCGACCGCGGAGGCGACGACGAGCGUGGCGACGAAGGAGAUAGAGAAGGUGAUAAAGAGUCUCGGAAUGCAGCGGAGGCGCGCAAAGCUCAUCAAGCGCUUCACCAAGGAGUAUUUGAGCCACGAUUGGACUCACGUCACCCAGCUUUGCGGCGUCGGCAAGUAUGCAGCGGACGCGUACGCCAUAUUUUGUGCCGGUAAGCCAGAGAGUGUGAUACCCAGGGAUCAUAAACUGGUAGAUUACUGGAAAUUUCUCCACAGCAGGAAGACAACAAUAGACAAGGCUUAA